CCCAGGAAUCCUCAGAAUGCUAAAUCGCUCGCAAAGGCAUCUUGCAUCAGCCUGUAGAAGUUUCCUCUCAGCCCGGCUUCUUCAUCAAGGGAAGGGGAAAGCAGUUUAUUUAGUUUCCUUUUGCACAGUGAAUUACAUCUCUGGUCUUUCCUCUCCCCCCUCUGGUUCAUCACUCAGCUGCUGUAGACUUUUUUGGUGCCAGAAUAACCUGCAGAGAUGAUCGCUCUCCCCAGACCACCCCUGCUGCUGCUUCUCCUGCUGAUCCAUAUCCCAAGUGCUGCAAAAGCUCAGGUCAACCCAGGUGUGUGCCGUUACCCCCUGGGCAUGUCAGGUGGCCACAUCCCGGACGAGGACAUCUCUGCCUCCAGCCAGUGGUCUGAAUCCACAGCUGCCAAGUAUGGAAGGCUAGACUCAGAAGAAGGAGAUGGUGCCUGGUGUCCAGAGAUCCCAGUGGAGCCGGACGACCUCAAGGAGUUCCUCCAGAUUGAUUUGCAUGCCCUGCAUUUUAUCACUCUGGUGGGGACCCAAGGUCGGCAUGCUGGUGGCCAUGGCAAUGAGUUUGCACCAAUGUAUAAGAUCAAUUAUAGUCGGGAUGGCACACGGUGGAUUUCCUGGAGGAACCGACAUGGGAAGCAGGUGCUGGAUGGAAACACCAACCCUUAUGACAUUGUCCUCAAGGACCUGGAGCCCCCCAUCAUCGCGCGCUUUGUCCGCUUCAUCCCAGUCACCGACCACUCCAUGAAUGUCUGUCUGCGGGUGGAGCUUUAUGGCUGCGUGUGGCUGGAUGGGCUAGUUUCCUACAAUGCUCCUGCCGGACAGCAGUUUGUCCUUCCUGGUGGCGCAGUCAUUUACCUGAAUGAUUCUGUCUAUGAUGGAGCUUUUGGGUACAGCAUGACAGAAGGACUGGGCCAGCUGACAGAUGGGGUCUCGGGGCUGGAUGACUUCACUGAGACCCAUGAGUACCAUGUAUGGCCUGGCUAUGACUAUGUGGGGUGGCGCAAUGAGAGUACCACCAGUGGCUACAUCGAAAUCAUGUUUGAAUUUGACCGGAUCAGGAACUUUACUACCAUGAAGGUGCACUGUAACAACAUGUUUGCCAAAGGAGUGAAGAUCUUCAAGGAGGUUCAGUGCUAUUUCCGCUCGGAUGCCAAUGAAUGGGAGCCCAAUGCCAUCUCCUCAGUGCUGGUGCUGGAUGACGUCAACCCUAGUGCACGUUUUGUCACUGUGCCUCUGCUCCACCGCAUGGCUAAUGCCAUCAAGUGCCAGUUUUACUUUGCUGACACCUGGAUGAUGUUCAGUGAGAUCACCUUCCAGUCAGACGCGGCGAUGUACAACAACUCCGGUGUGCCCCCCGAGUCACCCGUGGCUCCAACUACUUAUGACCCAACCCUCAAAGUGGAUGACAGCAACACUCGCAUCCUGAUUGGCUGCCUGGUGGCCAUAAUUUUUAUUCUAGUGGCCAUCAUUGUCAUCAUCCUCUGGAGGCAGUUCUGGCAGAAGAUGCUGGAGAAGGCUUCUCGACGGAUGCUGGAUGAUGAAAUGACAGUCAGCCUUUCCCUGCCCAGCGAAUCCAGUAUGUUCAACCACAACCGCUCCUCCUCAUCCAGCGAACAGGAGUCCAACUCCACCUACGACCGCAUAUUCCCCCUGGGCCCGGAUUACCAGGAGCCUUCACGGCUUAUACGCAAGCUGCCAGAGUUUGCACCAGGAGAUGAGGAGGCAGGCUGCAGUGGUGUUGUCAAACCAGCCCAAGCCAAUGGCCCUGAGGGGGUCCCUCAUUACGCAGAGGCAGACAUUGUGAAUCUGCAGGGAGUGACAGGCAGUAACACCUACUCCGUGCCAGCCAUCACCAUGGACCUGCUCUCAGGCAAGGAUGUGGCUGUUGAGGAGUUCCCUAGGAAACUACUGACUUUCAAGGAGAAGCUUGGAGAAGGCCAGUUUGGGGAGGUUCAUCUCUGUGAGGUGGAAGGGAUGGAAAAGUUCAUGGACAAGGAUUUUGCUUUGGAUGUCAGCUCCAACCAGCCUGUUCUGGUGGCUGUAAAGAUGCUCCGUGCUGAUGCCAACAAGAACGCCAGGAAUGACUUUCUGAAGGAGAUUAAGAUCAUGUCGAGACUCAAGGACCCCAACAUCAUCCGGCUGCUGGCAGUGUGCAUUGCUGAAGACCCCCUCUGCAUGAUCACUGAGUACAUGGAGAACGGAGACCUCAACCAGUUCCUGUCCCGCCAUGAGCCCCAGGGCACCCCCACCAGCAGUGCGCCCACUGUCAGCUACACCGACUUGAAGUUUAUGGCCACUCAGAUUGCUUCUGGCAUGAAGUAUCUGUCCUCUCUGAACUUUGUUCAUCGAGAUCUGGCCACACGCAACUGCUUGGUGGGUAAGAACUACACUAUCAAGAUAGCGGACUUUGGCAUGAGCCGGAAUCUGUACAGCGGGGACUACUACAGAAUCCAGGGACGGGCGGUACUUCCUAUUCGCUGGAUGUCCUGGGAGAGCAUUUUGUUGGGCAAAUUCACGACAGCCAGCGAUGUGUGGGCAUUUGGCGUGACACUAUGGGAGACUUUCACUUUUUGCCGAGAGCAGCCAUAUUCUCAGCUGUCAGAUGAACAGGUCAUCGAGAAUACAGGAGAGUUCUUCAGGGAUCAAGGGCGGCAGACAUACCUUCCCCAGCCUGCUCUUUGCCCGGAUCCUGUCUAUAAGCUAAUGCUCAGCUGUUGGAGACGAGACACUAAAGAUCGUCCUUCCUUCCAGGAAAUCCAUCGCCUACUCCAAACAUCGACCAGUGAAGAGUGAUGCUUUGCUUCCCCCACCCAUCCUGGUGGUCCCUGGCUCACCCCCAGAAGACACUCUCCUCCACACCCCCUCCUAUACCCCCCCCAAAACACACUCACAAAAACUGAAGCCACUUCACUUGGACUUGCAGUAAAUCCUUGGCAGUUGGGCAUGUCCUUGUACAU